AUGAACAUAAUUUAUUGCAUAGAAGAAUAAGAUGAUUAUGUAUAUAUAAAGGUUACCAAAGACUUUUAUUAUAAGAUAAUCGAGAUGGAUAGGUUAAAUUCAAGAACAUCUCAAUAAGUCUAUAAUCUAUCUCACAAAUUUCUAAGAAGAGUUGUUCCAUUCUUUAUGAAUUAAUUCCUUAUAUGGUCAAAAGAUUAAAAGGAUGAAAAUAUGAAAAAAGUAUGUGAAUUUUUAGAGGAAAGAAAGAAGUUGAAAAAUUCAAAACAGUAGAAAUUUGAACUAGGAGAUUUAAAAUUUGUAUUUAGCAAAAAUUAAUAAGAUCAGGAGAGUUAAUAUUUAAUUAAAAUGGCAUGGAAAUCAUUUUUAAAUUCUGAUGAACUUCGAUAAGCGAUUAAAAAUAACAAAAAAAUGAAAGAAGCUUCAAAAGAAAAUUAUGCAUAUGCAAUUAAUUUAUUACUAAAUGAACUAGAUAAACCAUCACCUUACUCUAAAUUUUUGUCUAUAAAUAAAUAUUAAGAUAAUAUUAGAAAAAAAAUUAAACUAAAUACUCAACUAAAUUUUGAUGAGGAGCAAUUUGAUGAGGAGCAAGAUAAUUAUGAAAAUUCCACCUUGGAUUACCCUUAAAAAAAGAUUAUUUGAAUCAAAUAUCCAUUCUAUAUGUUUGUUUUUCAUUAUUUAAAAG